AUGCCCUCUGGUGCGCUCUAUGAACGACUCAGUUUCUAUGAAAAUCCCGAGGGCUGGGGACCACCACUGGACUUGGGGCCCGAUCGCUAUCGCCACGUGCCGUACGCCCCGUUCACUCGGCUGGAGCGACUCGGACGGGUAGCGGACUUUGCGGGAGCAGCAGCAGCGUCCCAGAUCGGCAAUGAUGCCCAAAGCGUAUGGGCUGCAGAAGAGGAUACAAGAGAGGAUGAGCUAGGAAGACGGGGUCGACGUCACCAGAAGGCAACGCCUCGCGAGCGCGGUCGAGCGUCGACGGGGCUAACGAACGGCCUCGGCGACGAAGAGUCCGCACUGGCUACAACCCGGUUCACGGGCGCUGGAAGCCGAUCUGCAGGGAACGAGGGCUUCACGCUUGUCGAAGGAUCCGGUCGAGAGCGUGCAGCUCAAGCGGGUUAUGGCGCCUACCGAGAGCAGCAGCGUUCUGGCUAUGGAGGUGGUGCUGGGGCUGCUCGGGGCGGUGCCCCGGCGAGACGUACAACAGCAGCAGCGCUUGCACGCGGUGGAGCGGUGGCAUCAACGGCUGCCGGCUCGAGUGUGUCGGGUGCUUUUGGCGCGGGCAAGCAAACCAGUGCAACGACGCCGCUCCUCGGAGCAGCCGGCGCACCGACGACCCAGCUCGCACGUACCGGAAACGCCCAGGCAAGCAACCGCGACGAAAGCUUGCUGAGUCCAUUUGUGGACGCAGUACCGCUGCUGACACUAGAGGGCACCUCUCAGUGGACGCUGCUGGUUGAAAUACCCUUUGCGAAGCUGAUCAAGAUGGAACUCGGACAAGAUAUCCCGGAAGCGGAAAUGCUCUGUGAACGCGGAGCAGUUAGCUACUACGACAAGAGCUGUGAUCGUAUUUCGUGCAAGCAACCUCGGCCGCUGGCAUCCUUCGAGCAGCGCAAGCGACUCUAUCCAACUGUCAAUGAAGAUCCACGUAUGCAGUCCUAUCGGAGCGAUUUAGAGCACAGCGAUCAUGGAGCAGCUGACGCGCCCACGGAGAAACGACGCGUGCUCACCACAGGGCCGCUGCUGGCACUGCUGAUGGCGGCUCCGAAAUCGAGCUAUCCAUGGGAUGUGGUCGUCGAACGGCACGGUAACGUGCUGGUUAUCGACAGGCGUCCAGAUAGCCAGGUAGAGACGCUUACCAUGUUCGAGACCAUUACGGAUAACAGUCAGCGCUCUGGACUGGCCUUUGCUGGGGCCAACAUGCUGUUUGCACUUCAGCAGGCGCAAAGCAACGCUCUGGAAGCGGCACGUAUCAAUCACAACUUUUCUCAGAGCGUGCUCCGCGCUGACCUUGAGCCGUAUCGGUUUGCUGGCGAGAGCCCUUUCACCGACAGUGCGACGGAUGCGGUUCUCGUGGGUUACCGCUAUCGCCGAUGGGAGCUGUCGGAUGAGCUGGAACUGAUUGCGCGCUGUGAAGUUGAUGCAGCACUGGAAACUACUGGACCAGCGUUUGCGGGAGAAUCCACUGCUCCGGCCUUGAUCCUUUUGCGCGCGCUCAACGAAAUACCGGACACGAAUGUACGCGCUGGCGGCAGCUCUGGAAGUGCUGUAGGCGCUGCUGGUGCCACUGCCGGGGGAGGUGUGGGCGACUGGCGUACACGUCUCGACGCCCAGCGUGGCAGUGUUUUGGCGACGGAGCUGCGCAAUCACACCGCCAAACUCGUUCGCUGGACAGUGUUAGCGCUGAUAGCUGGCGCGGAUCAGCUGAAACUGGGCUUUGUGUCGCGGGUCAACCCUCGUGAUACACGCAAUCACGUGAUCCUGGGUAUGCAGGCAUACAAGCCGAACGAAUUUGCGAAGCAGAUUGGCGUGAAUACGCGGAAUAUGUGGGGAAUCAUGAACCAUUUAGUCCAAGUAUGUUUCAGUUUACUCGCGGAUGGGGAGCGGGCGAUCUUGACAAAAGAAGCGCAUCGACAGUCGUUGCGGUUGUAUCGCAUGCCGUCCGUGCUGGAAGGCAGUGAAUCCAACCAGAACAAGUCAUAA